CACACAAAGUAUAGUGUAUGAUGUCUUAACUACACAUGGUAAUUAUACUUUGUUGUAGUAAUAACAGCAAUACUAGCACUAGCAGCAGAAUCCAGAAGAAGCAGUAGUAAUGAUAAAGGUAAAAGUGACAGUACUAAUAGUAGUACCAGUAGUUGCAGUAACUGUAGGAUGGGUAGUAGUAGUAUCCUUACCAGCAAUAUAUAAAAGUACCAAUAAUAUUAGUAUCAGUGGUGGCACCAGUGUCAGUCCAAGUAGUAGUUUUAUUACCAGUGACAGUAGUAACAGUACCAGUAGCAUCACCAGUAGUAACAGUACCAGUAGCAUCACCAGUAGUGACAGUACCAGUAGCAUCACCAGUGUUAACAGUAGCAUCACCAGUAGUAACAGUACCAGUAGCAUCACCAGUAGUGACAGUACCAGUAGCAUCACCAGUAGUAACAGUACCAGUAGCAUCACUAACAGUACCAGUAGCAUCACCAGUAGUAAUAGUACCAGUAGCAUCACCAGUAGUGACAGUACCAGUAGCAUCACCAGUGUUAACAGUAGCAUCACCAGUAGUAACAGUACCAGUAGCAUCACCAGUAGUGACAGUACCAGUAGCAUCACCAGUAGUAACAGUACCAGUAGCAUCACUAACAGUACCAGUAGCAUCACCAGUAGUAAUAGUACCAGUAGCAUCACCAGUAGUGACAGUACCACCAGUAGUAACAGUACCAGUAGCAUCACUAACAGUACCAGUAGCAGUGACAGUACCACCAGUAGUAACAGUACCAGUAGCAUCACUAACAGUACCAGUAGCAUCACCAGUAGUGACAGUACCACCAGUAGUAACAGUACCAGUAGCAUCACUAACAGUACCAGUAGCAUCACCAGUAGUGACAGUACCACCAGUAGUAACAGUACCAGUAGCAUCACUAACAGUACCAGUAGCAUCACCAGUAGUGACAGUACCACCAGUAGUAACAGUAUCAUCACCAGUAGUAACAGUACCAGUAGCAUCACUAACAGUACCAGUAGCAUCACCAGUAGUGACAGUACCACCAGUAGUAACAGUACCAGUAGCAUCACUAACAGUACCAGUAGCAUCACCAGUAGUGACAGUACCACCAGUAGUAACAGUACCAUCACCAGUAGUAACAGUACCAGUAGCAUCACCAGUAGUAACAGUACCACCAGUAGUAACAGUACCAUCACCAGUAGUAGUACCAGUAGCAUCACCAGUAGUGACAGUACCACCAGUAGUAACAGUACCAGUAGCAUCACUAACAGUACCAGUAGCAUCACCAGUAGUGACAGUACCACCAGUAGUAACAGUACCAGUAGCAUCACUAACAGUACCAGUAGCAUCACCAGUAGUGACAGUACCACCAGUAGUAACAGUACCAUCACCAGUAGUAACAGUACCAUCACCAGUAGUAACAGUACCAGUAGCAUCACUAACAGUACCAGUAGCAUCACCAGUAGUGACAGUACCACCAGUAGUAACAGUACCAGUAGCAUCACUAACAGUACCAGUAGCAUCACCAGUAGUGACAGUACCACCAGUAGUAACAGUACCAUCACCAGUAGUAACAGUACCAGUAGCAUCACCAGUAGUAACAGUACCACCAGUAGUAACAGUACCAUCACCAGUAGUAGUACCAGUAGCAUCACCAGUAGUAACAGUACCACCAGUAGUAACAGUACCAUCACCAGUAGUAGUACCAGUAGCAUCACCAGUAGUAACAGUACCAGUAGCAUCACCAGUAGUGACAGUACCAUCACCAGUAGUAGUACCAGUAGCAUCACCAGUAGUAACAGUACCAGUAGCAUCACCAGUAGUGACAGUACCAUCACCAGUAGUAGUACCAGUAGCAGUGCUGUGGUAGUACUAAUAGUAAUAGUACCAGUAGUGGUAACGCCAGUACAAGUAGCAGUAGAAGUCAUAGUAACAAUCUCUGUAGUACAAAUUGUGUUUUUACAAAUACACCAAUAA